CAUGGUACUGAGGGGUACUGAGGGGGGAUGGGCGCCUAUUGGUACCCGCCGGCCGCGAUGGUCUGCGGGAUGGACACAAACAGCAAGCUCCUCCAUCCCUUCCCUCCCUCCAUUCCCUCCUUGUGUGUUUGGCGACCUACCUGGAUGGCACUGACAUGGCGGCAGGAGGCGGUCGAAACGGGUGCAGCACCGGAAGCGGCGCCACCCUGAGACGAAGCAAGCCAUUCACAGCAUGUGGGUAUCUGUCUGUCUGUCUGUGUUCACGUGCUGUGUCACCCGGCCGGAGGUCGGACGGGCAACACCGGCGGAUGCACAGGAACGUAACGCACAACCUGCCUGCAAACACAACACCCACAAGCAUCCAUCCUUCUGUGUGCGUGUGUCUUUGUGUGUGUUCACACAUCCAUCCCAUCACUUUAUCCCUUUCCCUGCUUACGGCGCCACCACAGCAGCAGGAGCCUGUUGCUGGCCAGCACGCGCCACUGCAGCAGGAGCCUCUUGUUGGCUGAGACCAGCAGCGCCAGCAGCCUCCCCCUUUCCUCCCACCCCCGCCCGCGCCCCAGCCGCAGCCACAGGGGCAGCGGCAGCGGCAGCAGCCUCUCCCUCCUCUUGCCCCUGCUCCUUCUCCUUCUCCUGUUUCUUCUUGGGCAGAUACUUCCACGGGUACAUUUUCCGCUUGAUGAACUCGGGGUCGGGAGUGCCGUCGGGACGCAGCCACUCCUCGGGGAUCGUGACGAUACGGUCGCUACGGGCGUACUCCCAGUCAGGCGCCACUGACUGCCGGCGACUGCCGGGCGGAAACGGAGGGUCUCGGUGCUCGAAGUAGUUGCCGCAGGCGCUCAGCUGGCCGCCCCCAUCGUACAACAGGCCUGACGACGGUCAGGUCACACACAGACACGCACGAAUACGUUACAUGGAUGGAAUCCGCAUCUCUCUCCUUCUUUCGUGCGAGGCGUGGAUAUUCACCCACACGGAGGCGCGUCGGGGUCUUGCGGCGUCCUGCAUGACAUGGAAAGAGGAAAAGGAGAUGAGAAUUGAGGACGGACCAAAGAUGCUGAACGAAGGUCGACAUACUGACUGUAUACCAUUGUAUCGGUUCGUAUGCAGACUGACUGACGAUUCGGACGGCAUAAAACACUCUCAUCCCAUAUAAAAUGUAGGCACCAAUUGACAGACGCCUGCAUCCGCAACAUGACGCGUCAAAAGGAGACGGUAUCCCUCACGUCACAUUCACUUUAUCCCCUCCCUCACUUGUCAGCGACUCUUGCGCAGUUUCGAACAAAACGCCGGCCACCGUGACGAUCAUGAGCUUGUCGCCUUAGAUGCGAAUUCCCCACUAUCUCCUGUGGGAAACCGAGCUGCACCAUGCCGACGGCGAGCCCGUAACAGACGGUCAUCACGCCGGCCACCGUCACAGUCAUCAUCUUGUCGCGUUUCUUGGCCUUCUCUUGCAAGUCCCUAGGGUCCAACACAUGACUCACCAUGACUCACCCUCGUCGCGGCUGCGCGCACGGUCCCGCAGAAGAGCCUCCUCUGAGAGGCAGUUGAAUGGUCACUGCGCACCCAUGAACAUGUAGAUCUGCACACAGAAAGACACGUCACAUGCAGCGAUGUAACGAUUCCACGCAAAGCCCGAACGCGUUGGUCCCCCACCGGUAUGAAGAUGGUAGCGAGUACGAUGGCUUGUACGAUGGGGAAGCCAAUGACCCAGCGGACCGCCACACCAACAAACGACGUAUUCUUCAUACCGCCUGCACCAUUCAUCCAUGCGCACCGGUACCGCACACAGGAGGCCAUCCUGAAGUCCAUUACCAUCCUCGAAGGCGAUCUUCCUCUCCACCUCUGCAAGACGUCUCUCCCUUGCUGUGAGACAUACACAGAGAACGAGAGCCGCGCACAUCGAUUCACCCAGCCAAUUGCACAAAGCAUAUGCAUAUGACGUACGUGGCCUUGGUGUGGGUACAGAAACGCUUUUGUAAUCCCACAGAAGCUUUGCUCCUUCGUUGUCAUAGAGUCAUAGAGAAGGAGCUUCCGACGGAGGCGCCCUUCUCCUCGAGCGCCUCAUGAGCGUGUCCUCCAUCUGUGGGCACCAGAGGUGGUGACCCUUGGGGUCGAGGGUGGGGUGAGGGAGGCC